AUGUCUGCGACCGUGGCUGUCCCGACCCAGUCGAAACUUAAACCUGAUCCAUUUGCACCCAUGGUUACUCACGAUCCUUCCAUCUCCGACUCAUCUCAGAUCGUGGUCUUGCCCCUUAUCCCAGAGCUUUUGAAUCCAAACUUCUUCGAUUCUCUUCUUCCUCCUCAGCCUCCGAAGGCUAAAGAUCCCCCGCCUCUUACUAAUGCUUUCAUGACUGCUCUUCGUGAAGAUGUCGGUAAUCGCAUGCUUACAGAAAAUGAGUCUCCUGCAUAUCGGUCCACUCUUUCUGCGACUCUCGAUCUCUUUUCAAGUGGGGGGUAUCUCCAAGGCAGCGUGUUGCACCCGCUGUUGAAAAAGAGUUGGGAGGAGGACCCAGCGAUUACCCUGCGCAUCAUUUAUCAUCUUCGAUCGAUUCAUGAUGGCAAGUCUGAAAAAAAGGGAUUUUACAUGGCGUUUGGCUGGCUGUUCCAAAAUCACCCUCGUACGGCCAUUGCAAACCUAAGUCAGCUCGUCGAGCCUAUCAUUGACCGCCCUCCCAAGAAGAAAAAGAAGGAGACUACGGACAGUGACUGGACGGAAGUUGAUAAGGAAGACGCAGAUGAUAGUGUCGAGGUCGAAUAUCGUGCGGGAUUCUCCCAUGGCUAUUACAAGGAUCUUCUCAACAUUCUUUUGUUGGCUGCUUCGGACGAGCUUACUAAGCCAAACUUACCCUUCACUGGAUUCGAUUGUGUUCGUCCGCUGUGGACGUAUGAAGGAGACAAACCUAGCAAGGCGCAUCGUUGGAGCAGCGGAUCUAAGCUAAAACAGCAGCAGGACUCAUCCCCCCGGCUAACCAAGAGACAGAAGCGGGCGCUACGAACCUCGCCUCCUGAGACUCACGCACAACUCAAGGCGAAGAGGGCUCAGGCGACCUACGAUGACCUGAGUAAGAAGUUAAUAUCUUCUCCCGAAUUCCGGGCACUCUUCAUUUCCGUUGCUCGCAUAUUUGCUUCAAAGCUUUCUGAGGAGAUCGCGAUUCUCAAACAACUGACCGAUCCCAACUCAAUGCUAUCCGACGAAGAACGUAAAGAGUUUUCGUACAAGAUUGGUUUGGUGUCAAAAUGGGCCCCCACGCUGGGCGGCUCCCAUGACCGCAUGACGAACAUUGCGACAGCUAUUUCCAUUGUACUCUUGUCCCAAGGGGCGAUGCCGGAACUGAGGGCCUCCAUUGAUCUCAACCAGCCUCUCUCGAAAGCCGCUGCGGAUAAGAUUCGAGGCUAUUACAGGCGCUGGAUUGUCGGUCCAUUGCGUCGUCAGUCUCAUAUUCCAGAAAUAUUCAUGUCUGCCCAGCAGUGGGACAAGAUCAAUUAUUCUCGAGUCCCGUCUUUGUGCAUGUCCAAGUCGAAAGGAAUCUUCUUUAAGCAUGACGCUGAGCGCUUCUCCAUGUAUGUCCAGGACGUUGCUGCCGGAAAGAGGAAAAUUACAGGCGCUGUUCUGGGUCCUCACGACACCUUGGUCGAGGCGAUCCAGCUCUCCAACGACAAGAAGAUUACUGCAGCCGAAAAAGAUAUUCGUAUGCGGGUCCUUGAUGCCCAGUUCAAUUCUCUGGUGGAGCGCCUCCGCGAAUCUGGGUCACUUAACAACUGCCUGGCCCUCUGCGAUGUGAGCGGUAGCAUGGGAUACAUUGACCACCCACAGUCGAGCUCCCAGCCAAUUUUCCCUGCCAUUGCGCUUUCCAUCCUUACAGCUCAACUCGCUCUUCCUCCUUUCAACAAUAUUUUCAUCACUUUCAGCCAGAACCCUGAAGUAGUUCAGAUAGACCCAAGUAAAGGCUUGGCGGCGACAGCCCGCGAGAUGGCUUCGACUUCUUGGGGAAUGAAUACCGACUUGCAAGCUGUUUUCCUCAAGUUGCUGUUACCUCUCGCAAAGAAACACAACGUCAAAAAGGAAGAUAUGGUCAAGAGGCUCUUCAUCUUUUCUGACAUGCAGUUUGACGAUUGCAGGGGGGCGAGAUAUGGAAAUGGACAACAAGACAGUGACUGGGUGACGGAUCACGACAUGAUUGUAAGGCAGUAUGCUGAGGCUGGAUAUGACGUUCCAGAGAUCGUAUAUUGGAAUUUGGACGAUGACGAAGGUAGCAAACCCGUCACCGCUUCUCAGAACGGUGUGGCGCUUGUCUCAGGGUUCUCUGGUAACCUUCUCAAAAUUUUUAUGGAUGGUGACGAAGAGUUGAGACGGGAAUUGGAAGAGUUGGAAGUGGUUGAAAACGAUGGUUCGACCAAGGCGGAGAAACCAGAAAUGAAUCCCAUAGACGUCAUGCUGAAGGCGUUGUUAAAGAAAAGUUUCGACGGUCUCAAGGUAUUGGAUUGA